AUGGAAGCUGAAGAGGAAGGGGCAAAAAAACUGUCGGAAGUAAACUUUGAAAACUUACCUCCCAACUACCAUAAUCAGUCCAACACGGAAACCAGAAUUGGUAAUAAAACUGUUCAGACUCAUCAAGAAAUUGAUAAGGUUACAGAUAACAAAACUGGAACAACAGUUUUUUCUGAGACAGUUAUUACAUCUGUAAAAGAUGGAGAAAACAAAAGAAAUCAUGAGUGUAUCAUUGACGAAGACUGUGAAACAGGGAAAUAUUGCCAGUUCUCCACCUUUGAAUACAAAUACAAAUGUCAGCUCUGUAAAACCCAGCAUACACAUUGCUCACGGGAUGUUGAAUGCUGUGGAGACCAGCUUUGCGUUUGGGGCGAGUGCAGGAAAUCCACUUCAAAAGGAGAGAAUGGCACCAUUUGUGAGAACCAACAUGACUGCAACCCUGGAAUGUGCUGUGCUUUUCAGAAAGAACUACUGUUUCCUGUGUGCACUCCCUUACCUGAAGAAGGUGAACCCUGCCAUGAUCCUUCAAACAGACUUCUCAACCUGAUCACCUGGGAACUGGAACCUGAUGGAGUGCUUGAGCGAUGCCCAUGUGCAAGUGGCUUGAUCUGCCAACCUCAGAGCCACAGCACUACAUCUGUGUGUGAACUGUUUGCCAACAAAACCAGGAAUAAUGAAAAAGAAGAUCCCUUAACCAUGGAUGAGAUGCCAUUUCUCAGCUUGAUACCCAGAGAUAUUCUUUCUGAUUACGAAGAAAGCAGUGUCAUUCAGGAAGUGCGUAAAGAAUUAGAAAGUCUGGAGGACCAAGCAGGUUUGAAGCCUGAGCCUGACUCAGCUCGUGACCUGUUUUUGGGAGAUGAAAUUUAAAGUCCAAACACCAGACAGUUUAGUUAGUUAUUUCUAGAAAUUUUUGUCUAGUGUCUUGCUUAUAUAAACCCUAAACACACACUGCUGGAUAGAAGUGCAAUAAACAAUGUCUUUGAUGAGCAUCCUUUUCUGUGCACCAAACCUGCAUGUUCAAAUUGUUG